CUCGCGCUAGUUUUCAUCGGACUUCGAGCGACGGAGAGAGAAGACGGAAGAACGGUGUGGAGAUCAGAAGCAUAGGAGUCGAAUGGACGUUUACAAUAUAGUAGGCCUGAAAUAACUGAGCAGUCGAUCUAGUGACCAAAGACAGCUCCAAGCUACUAGAAGAGAGAGAGAUGGUGGAAUCCGGAUUGGUCUUCAAGCGUUAGGGAUGGCGUUGUUUUCUUAGCGUCAAGAAACGUAAUUAAACCUGUGUAUUUUACUAGGGCUUUUCAACCCAAGAGUUCAGUUCUAUCACGAUGAUGCCUGUGUCCACAACAUGAAACAAAUUCAAGCACAUCCUCUCCUCAAGGCUGAAAAAGACAUGUACACUUUAACCAAAUCGUUCUCAAUUACUUGUUUACCUUACAGUAUUCACUGAUUAUUUUAUAUUGUGCAGAAGUUCUGUUUGUAGGUUAAAAAACGAAACUAUAUUGGUGGUUAGUAAAAACUGAAGACAAAUACAAACAAACUUAACAAACUAAAGGUGCUGACGAUAGAAUUUUGUUUUUCUACUUGACAGUUAAGAGAAUUCAACCUAGAUAAAGUGAUUUAUUGGAUCUUUGAUAUGAAUCCUAAAAGCACAGUUAUGUGUGUUGUUUGCCUGUUGUUGAGAGCACUGGUCGUCAGUACUAUAUUAUGGUUGGCUGUUUACGACUUGGGUGCCAGUGCACUGAAAGCCCACAUUCCAGGGGACAUCAUCUUUGGAGGGCUUUUCCCUAUUCAUAAGAAAAACGCAAAAAGCAAAUGUGGUCCAAUUAAUAAGGAUCGUGGCAUUCAAAGAACGGAAGCAAUGUUAUUCGCCAUCGACAAGAUAAAUCAGGAUCCUUCCAUUCUAGGGGACAUCAAACUUGGAGCUAUCAUUCUAGACACAUGUUCCAGUGACAGUUACGCCCUCAACCAAUCCUUGGAGUUUAUCAGGGCGUCCAUCAAUACCGUAGACUCUUCAGCUUUCGAGUGUCAAGACGGAACUCAUCCCAAACUAAAGUUCAGUAAUAAAGCAAUUAGGGGGGUGAUAGGGGGCUCUUACAGUGAGGUUUCUCUUCAAGUUGCGAAUCUACUUAGACUCUUCCGAAUACCUCAGGUCAGUCCAGCGUCUACUGGUACCUCACUUAGCGACAAAAGCAGAUACGAUUUCUUUGCUCGAACUGUUCCUCCAGAUACCUUCCAGGCUGUGGCUCUAGUAGACCUUGUGCAACUAUUUAACUGGUCCUAUGUUUCACUUGUGUCCUCAGAAGGUCAAUACGGUGACUCAGGAAUGAAAGCAUUCCAACAAGAAGCGCGUGCUAGGAAUAUAUGCAUUGCCGUGAACGACAAGGUUCCUCAUUCGGCCUCAAAAGCAAAAUUUGAUGAGAUUUACAGAAACUUGUUAACUAAAUCUAAUGCUAGAGGAGUAGUGCUUUUCACAAGAGCAGAAGAUUCGCGAGGAAUUCUUGAGGCUGCCAAACGAACCGGUUCCGUUAACACGUUCGCUUGGGUGGCUAGUGAUGGUUGGGGAACACAGGACAAACUAGUUGAAGGACUUGAGGCCGUUGCUGAAGGUGCCAUUACAGUCGAGUUGCAGUCCAAAGAAAUAAAUGAAUUUGAUUGGUAUAUGAAGAAUCUGACUCCCUUAAACAACCGAAGAAACCCUUGGUUUGAGGAGUAUUGGGAAGAUGUGUUUUCUUGUACGCUCCCUCAUAAUGUAAACCAUCAGAUUAACAACACUGUACUUGUAUGUUCGACUAAUCUAAGACUAGACGAAAGCGUUGGUUAUAAACAAGAGUCUAAAGUUCAGUUCGUCGUAGAUGCAGUCUACUCUAUUGCCCAUGCCCUCCACAGAGUCUGGGAAAACUUGUGUGGCCCUUAUGGAGAAGGUUAUUGUGAAGAAAUGAGGGAAUUAGACGGUGGUGUCCUCUAUCGAGAUUAUUUGCUUAAUGUUUCAUUUAUUGAUUUAGCGGGAAGUGAGGUGAAGUUUAACCACCAGGGAGACGGAUUAGGACGCUACAUCAUUUACAAUUAUCAGAGAAUAGGUAAUUCAUCGCUGUUUGAAUAUAAAAGACUAGGACGCUGGCUUGACGGACUGCAUCUUGACCUAGACGAGGUGGUAUGGAACCAGGGUAGGAGACAAAUCCCAGUGUCCAUCUGCAGUGCUCCUUGUGGAGUAGGAGAGGUAAAAAAGAUGCAAGUAGGAGACAUUUGUUGUUGGAUCUGUUCGAGCUGCAAACCAUGGGAAUACGUUCUAGACGAGUUCACUUGCGCGGACUGCGGCCACGGACGUUGGCCGUACGCGGACAAGGCAAGCUGCUAUGACAUAACUCAGCAAUAUAUGCGGUGGAACUCGUAUUUUGCCAUUGUACCUAUUGGAGUAUCUUGCCUGGGCAUCUUUCUGACAAGCACUGUUAUUAUUGUUUUCCUCCAGAACAACGACACACCGAUUGUCAAAGCAUCAGGGCGUGAACUGAGUUAUAUGUUGCUCACUGGUAUCCUGAUUUGUUUCUUUAUGACCUUCGUCUUGCUAGCUAAGCCCAGCAUGGUGAUCUGUGGGCUACAACGUUUCGGUGUGGGCUUCGGCUUCUCUAUAAUCUAUAGCUCGCUAUUAACCAAGACGAACCGUAUUUCUCGAAUCUUUGACAGCGCUCGCAAGUCUGCUAGUAGGCCUAGUUUCAUCAGUCCCAAGUCCCAAGUGGUCAUCACGUUAAUAUUCAUUGCAGUUCAGGUAAUCGGAACGAUGGUGUGGUUUGUGAUAGAGCCACCGGGGACCAAACAAUAUUACCCGGACGGAAAAAGAAACCAGGUUAUACUGAAGUGCAGAAUAAAAGAUUCCAGCUUCCUGAUAUCACUAGCGUAUAACAUGUUUCUAAUAACUAUCUGCACAGUGUACGCAGUAAAGACACGAAAAAUCCCAGAAAACUUUAACGAAUCCAAGUUCAUAGGAUUCACUAUGUACACAACUUGUAUAGUAUGGCUAGCAUUUGUACCCAUCUAUUUCGGCACAGGAAAUUCUUUCGAGGUUCAAAUUACCACCCUCUGCGUAUCGAUUUCGUUAAGCGCCUUUGUGGCGUUGUUCUGUCUGUUCUCGCCCAAGGUCUACAUAAUUGUGUUUCACCCUGACAAAAACGUACGCAAGCUCACGAUGAACAGUGCCACUUAUAAAAAAGCUCCGACAAGUAGUACGUGCGGUACAACCAAUCAUGGCAGUUCAGCAGAGCAAGUGAAACUGACAGUCCAAACCACACCCUCAAAAACUCAGACAGAAAGUGAUCGUGACAGUUUGGCUUCUUUGUGAACAACAAACACGCGUAAUAAAUGUGCUUCCGAAGAGAGAGAGAUCUGUACGAAAGUAAGAUUAGUGGAUGCGAAGAGUAAAUAACAAAACAGUGUUAUAAAACCUUGAUGUUAGUGAUAACUUUCUUCAUAAAAUUAACAAAAGACCGGAGGUUUUUAUGAUACAUCUUGUCCGUCAGAGAUUUUCUGAUAAAACGCUUUCGUUCUAACGCUAUUACAUUCUAUCGGAAUGUAGAUUCUUUUUCAGUUCAACCAAAAGGGGCUCACCACACGGCAGACAUUAUAAUGUUUAAUGUUAUGAUAUUCAAACAUAAGAUAUUUUUAAUUAUUUCCUAAUAUCAGUGGUUACUCAUGUUAUGUCAUCCUCCAAGUCUUCCCCUUUGGAAUUCAAGCACGUAAUCCAAUAGAUGAAAAAAGCCAGUGAAGAAGCUUCUUGCCACCAAUGAUGUCUGUAACAACGAGAUCUAUAAGAUGUGAAUGAGGUCUCGUAAAAACCUUGGAUAUUUGUACUAAUCCUUAAGGAAGGUACUCAUUUUAAGCCCAACUUUGUCUCUCUUGUUUCAUCUUGAAUAUGUCUCACUUAAAUACUUUGGCGUAAAUACUUUGAAAUAAUAGACAAGGCUUUAUCGUUUGAAGUCUUUAACAUUUUUAUAGAAUGAAAUAUGUGAUUAAUUUGACUGAGCACUACGUUCCAGUAAAUGAUUUAGGUUUUUAGAUGGCGCUCUUUAGAUUACUGAAUCAAUUGAAAUACUGUGCGAAAUUAAAAGUUUGUAACUAAAUGCUUACUACUUUAUCAUUCAUAGAGUAAACCUAGUAGUAGGAUGCAAAUGAUUGCUUACUACUUUAUCAUUCAUAGAGUAAACCUAAUAGUAGGAUGCAAAUGGUUGCUUACUACUUUAUCAUUCAUAGAGUGAACCUAAUAGUAGGAUGCAAAUGGUUGCUUACUACUUUAUCAUUCAUAGAGUGAACCUAAUAGUAGGAUGCAAGUGUUUUUUUUAAGAUGGGUUCUCUAAUUUUUAGAUUUUCAAACUUUUUUAUGUCUUGUAACGGUGAAGACAGUGAAGAUUUAUGUGUAAUGACAAUAAACAUUUGUCUUUUGUGAAUAAAAUGGGGCUCAUUUGCAAAAGACCAUCUGUUUUUGUCACGCACGAGGCCUAUAAGCUGCAUAUAAUUACGUUUUAAAAGCUUAUUGAACAUUAAAUCUGGAGAUCUAUGUGAUUUCGUAAUGCCUCUCCCUCUCUUUUUAAAUCCAAUUUAUUGGCUAUGAGGACAGGUAAUUUUGUACUGAAAAGGAACCUGGGCUCAUAAGGUUGUUUGACAAAAUACAUUUAAAGUCAAAAUAAAACUAAAUGAGAAGAAUUCUCGAAGAGUGCUUGAAUGUAAAUAUUGUAAUUAUAUAUAACUGUUCUGUCCGUGUACAACAACGUUCGUGGACAUCACAUGGUGCGUGCUCCAUUGAUGUUUCCCAGCACAUCAUUUUGGGCUUUUGUUGUUUGUAUCUGUCAAUAUAGGCAGCAUCAUAUUAUUUAGGUUUCCUACACAACCAGAGACGUUCACUCGCACAUCCUUUUGGCCUUUGUUGUCACGUUACUUUGUUGACUGUACUUGUGUAUACAAUCGGUAGUGUAUUAUUUAGCUGUACACAUCUAUACAACCAGGAAAGUUUACCAGCAUAUAAUCUGGUCUUUGUUGUAACAUUACGUUGUUGCUGUAUUGUGUAUACAACAAGCAGUGUAUUACUUGGUCGUACGUUACGUUAGUUAUGUUGACUGUAAUUGUGUAUACAAUAAGCAGUGUAUUAUUUGGUUGUACCUGUCUAUACAUCCAACAGUGUUUCUCAGCACUUCCUCUAGUCUUGUUGUCACGUUAGUUAUGUUGACUGUACGUCUAUGAAAUCAGUAACGUUUACCAGAACAUUCUCUGGUGUUUGCUGUAACGUCACUUUUUUAGAUGUACCUGCCUCUACAACCAGCAGGGUAUUGUUAUAACGAGAGUCAUUAGAAAAUAGAUUGUAAUCAAACGUUAAUUCAUUUCACGAUUUUUGUGAUAAUUAAGUUGAUUGAAUAGAGUUACCACAUUAUGUCAUAAGAGCCUGGGCCAUCAAUCGUAUUAUAUCGGAAAAGGUUGAAUGUCUGUAGUUUUUGGUUAAGAAGGUAUUAUAUGUAGCUAAACAGGAAAUAAUAAAAACAUGUUCUUUGGCUGUGAA